CAAUAAAGGUCCGUCGCUAAAUAUUAGGAAAAUUAAAACCCUUUGACUGAAAAAUUGAGAAGGAGGGGGCUUUUCUGAAUGCCUAUUUAAGUUGUGCUGUUGGGUGUACGGGAAGGAGGUGUGCUUGGGGGGUUUUUAUGUGAGACGAGGUCUGUGUUCUUUUUUCUUUGAAAAAGAUGAGUUAUUUGGGUAUUGGUGUGAGUCCUGGGAAUAUUCCGGUUUACCAGGGUACAAAUAUGAAGGUGGUGGAUAGAAGAGUAAGAAUUGUAGAAGUUGUUUUGAGGUGUUUGAUAUGUGGGUUGGGUGUUCUUGCUGCUGUUCUUAUAGGAACUGAUAGCCAAGUCAAAGAAAUCUUUUUAAUUAGUAAGAAAGCCAGAUUUACUGACAUGAAAGCGCUUGUAUUUUUGGUGUUAGCAAAUGGGAUAGCUGCUGCCUACUCAUUGGUGCAAGUUGUGCGUUGUGUUGUGGGUUUGGUGAGAGGGAGUGUGCUCUUUAACAAGCCUUUAGCUUGGGCCAUUUUCUCUGGAGAUCAGGCAAUGGCGUACUUGACAGUGGCUGCUGUGGCGGCUGCAGCACAGUCAGCAGUGUUUGCUAAGUUGGGGCAACCAGAGCUUGAAUGGAUGAAGAUAUGCAACAUGUACGGACAGUUCUGCAGCCAAGUUGGGGAAGGAAUUGUGAGUGCGCUAAUAGUCAGUGUUGGCAUGGUUUUCCUGUCUUGUAUUUCUGCUUUCAGUCUCUUCCGUUUGUAUGGUGGCAACAAAGGCAAGAACAAUGCAAUGUGGUAGAUUUUGGGAACUACAGUAGCCGUCUCAUCCACCAACAACCAUGCUUCUUUAACUUUAAUGGUUCUGUCUUAUAUGAUAAUAUAACAAUAAAUGGAGGUUGGAUUGUCUUAAAUUUCUACCUUCUAGCAUAUGCGUGUAUAUCCACUGUCUUGUAAAGUGUUUUCUUUUAUGCAUUUCAAAUCGUACCAGUUACCUUUAAUUUAAUGGUUAGUUUUGUCCGGUCAAAUUGCACAAAACAUUUUCAUUUUGUAAAAUAUGAAUGAAAUAAAUGAAAAUACAAUCU